GCAGGAAUAUUGUGUUAAAUUAUCUAAGCAACCAUGCUGGCUGCAAGGCUAGUAUGCUUGAGGGCAUUAUCCUGCCAGACUGUCCGCCCCACCAUUACUCAGGCUUCCCCAGCUUUGAGGAACUCCAAUCUAAAUGCAUACAGGCUGUGGCAACCUAACCAGUGUUAUGCCACCAGAGUAAGAACCGGUGUGAGGCGUGGAAAAAUUGGCCAGGAAAUUAAAGAAGCGGCAUUUGAGCCAUCUGCAGAAACAGCACUUAAAGUUGAUCGCCUGGGGAAAUUUAUUGUUGCUGGAGGGGCUGCUGUUGGCCUGGGGGCCCUCUGUUACUAUGGAAUGGGCAUGUCCAGUGAGAUUGGAGCUAUUGAGAGAGCUGUUAUUUGGCCGCAGUAUGUCAAAGACAGGAUUCACUCUACCUACAUGUACUUUGCGGGAAGCAUUGGCUUGACAGCGCUCUCUGCCGUAGCAGUGAGCAGAUCUCCGGCACUCAUGAGCCUUAUGACAAGGGGCUCCUGGCUGGCAAUAGGUGCAACUUUUGCAGCUAUGAUUGGUGCUGGAAUGUUGGUCAGGUCCAUAUCCUACGAAGAUAGUCCAGCAGCUAAGCAUUUGGCUUGGAUGAUGCAUUCAGGUGUCAUGGGCGCAGUGGUGGCUCCUCUGGCCUUCCUGGGUGGUCCGUUGCUGAUCCGAGCUGCCUGGUACACUGCUGGCAUCGUCGGGGGGCUCUCGACUGUGGCUAUGUGUGCUCCGAGCGAAAAAUUCCUGAACAUGGGAGGGCCUCUUGGAAUAGGCUUAGGCUUUGUUCUUGCCUCUUCAAUUGGGUCCAUGUUUUUGCCUCCUACUUCUGCCUUUGGUGCCGGCUUGUAUUCGGUGGCUGUUUAUGGUGGACUGGUACUCUUUGGCAUGUUCCUGCUCUGGGAUACACAGCAUGUUAUCAAGCGCGCAGAAACGAUUCCGUAUUAUGGAGUAACAAAAUAUGAUCCAAUCAAUGCGUGCAUGGGCAUCUACACAGACACACUGAACAUCUUCAUUCGGGUGGCCACCAUGCUUGCAGGCGGGGGAGGCGGCAGGAGAAAGUAAACCAAGGCUCCUCUGCAGCUGUCUGACAGCCCACUCAGUGCACAGACUAAAUAAAAAAUCCUGGUUACAAGCCGUUUUGCUGCAAGUCAGAAAUUUAAAGCAUUUCAGCAUAUUGUUUCAGUGCAAUGUGAUUCAGACUUAAUAGUUUUUCUUCAAAUACUUUCCAGCUCUGUGUUUAAAAUAGCGUGAACUGCUUCUAAUUGUACGUUAUUUUGGGAAAGUAAAUUAUUUUUAAUAUAUGAGUAAAAUAGGCUUACCUGCUUUUUAGUGGGUUUGACCGCAGUUCAACUCUUCUCUUUUUUUUUUUACUGUUACCGCAUAGUAAAGGAAGUAAUUUCUAAACUGGUAUCCUAUAUGCAGAUAGAGACGCAAGCUACUUCAUGGAACGCUGUUGAGAUGCAUCAGUUUUCAGUUAAGAUUGUAUAAAUGAUAUUUUAGUGACGCGUUAAGAUGAACUGAUCAGAUUGGAUAUGGCGCUAAAUGCAGUAAUGACUUAAACCUUUCUGAAAUUUCUGCCCAGGUAGAAGUGGUUGUCAGAAAUGCAUUGGAUUUGGCAGGUGAGGUCACCAAAGAGUGUAAAGGAGACGAGAUGAGGAAACUGGCAUCUGUCCUCUAUGAACUUUGGUCUCUUUCUGGAGUACACGUGAGAACUCCUUGCUUUAAUGCUGACUGGAUGUAAUGGCCGGGUUCUUUGGAUACUAGAUGUAUCAAGCUGUUGAGUAGCAAUAGAGGUGUGUCUUUCUUCCAGUGACUAAAAUCUCAGUAUUGCAGAUGAAACCUUGUCCUUCAGAAGAGCUCCGAGUGCUCAUCUCCUACAAGCUUAUACAGUUGGCACAGAAAGAGGGAAUUGAGAAUGGCCUGCUGUAAGCCCAAGUAUCACAAAUUCACCCUAAUGUUGUAUGCUUUAGUUUCUACCUCUUCUCCAAAUGGGUAUGUUUAGCUUGGUCUGGAAGAGAUUCCCCUAUCAGUAAAAUUGAUUUAACAUUCAGAAAUUUGUACUUACCAAACUGUGUUGCUGUGUGUUGGAAUAACAAGUGAAUUCUUGGGCACAAGAAAGUUUUGAGCUAAUGUCAACAACUCGGACUUUCAAUUUCUGGUAAAUACACUGUUUAUGUAUUGACUUAUGGAACAAUAAAACUCUAGCCUCACAGGUU